AUGAAGUUUUCCACUGUCGCUCUUUUGUCCGCUGUCACCGCCGGUGCGCUCGCUGCCCCAGCUGCUGUUACUGUUACGGAACAUGUACACAACCAAGCCACCGUCAUGGUCAAAGGUGUAGUCUACGUCACUGACGGGCAGACUAUGACCACUUUUGCAACGGUCGUUGCAGACGACAACACUGCUGCUACUCCUGCACCUACCGCUACCCCAGCCGUGAAACAGGCUUUGAACGAUGCGGACUUUGAGUCCCCAACCACCGUCGCUGCUACUGAUGCUGCCACUCCAACGACGGAAGAUGCCACUACCAUCGCUCCUGCCACUACUACCGUUGCUCAACAGGCCGCCACGACCACCCAAUCUUCGAACAGCGGACUAUCUGAUUUCGCUAACGAGCUGUUGAACGAACAUAACGCCAAGAGAGCCCUGCAUCAGAAUACCCCCUCUCUAACCUGGUCCGAUGAAUUGGCCAGCUACGCGCAAAACUACGCUAACAGUUACGACUGUUCAGGUAACUUGGUCCACUCUGGUGGGCCAUACGGUGAAAACCUUUCCCAAGGUUACGGUAUUGCUGGUGCAGUGGAUGCGUGGUACGAUGAGAUCUCUCAAUACAACUACGGUAACCCAGGUUUCAGCGAGAACACUGGUCAUUUCACCCAAGUUGUCUGGAAGAGCACUACCCAAGUUGGUUGUGCCUCUAAGAGCUGUGGGAGUUACUGGGGUGACUACGUCAUCUGUUCUUACCAGUCUGCUGGGAACUUCGGUGGUCAAUACGCUGACAAUGUCCAGCCAUUGGCUUAA